AUGUACUCCUCCCGCGCACUGGCCGCCCGAGGGCCCAUCACUGGCUCUCUCCGCAGUCGAUGUCAUCAUGCCACUGCAUUGUCAGUAGCCGUGAGCAGAGCAUCUUUGCAGCUCACCGCGUCCUCUGCACGAUCUCACCACCCCCUCUUCAAAAAGGCCCAUGCCAGCAUCCAGUCGCUCCGGUGGGGAUCCUCGGCUGCCCUCGCCUCCACCUCGCCCGAGGCUGCCAAGGUCGCAGAGGAUGCCGAGACCGAGACUGAGAACGAUCCCUUCCGCAAGAUCGGCUAUCUGUACUUUGACACCGUCUUCCCCAUCCGCCUCGGCUUCUGGGACAUUCGCUAUAUGCUCGCUUCGCUCGAAAAGCGCUCCGUGCUCGACCGCGUCAAGGCCAGCUUGCCCCCGGACGAAAGCGUCGGCUACGGCUUCAAAGUCAUCGGCGCAGAAGAGCGAAUGAAGGACGGAGGCGCCUUCGUCACCUUCUCCUACCGCGAGGACCCCAACGAGAAGAGCGAGGACUCGCUCAACCACAUCGAGAAGCGCCUCAAGUCCGGCGUCCGACGCGUCUUCAACCCUCUCCUCUUCUUCAUCGGCACGCCGGGUGUACACGUCGUGCGCGGCUCCCCCUUCCGCGAGGACAUGAACAUCUUCCCCUCCACCCGUAUCUUUGUCAAGCUCGAGGGUGGCGAUGCCAGCGAGGAGCAGCUCUGGCAGACUCUGCGUCCCUACGGUCGCAUCGUAUCCAUCGUCAAGGAGAAGCCGUCCGAGGCGUUCGUCACCUUUUCUCGCAUCCGCGGCGCCACCAGCGCACGCAACUGUGCCCACGGCUACGAGCUGCCCAACGGCGCGCGCUUCAUCAUCACGUUCCGCAGCAAGCUCCGCAGCAAGCAGGCGUGGGACUGGAUCUCGAACCAUCCCAGGAUCGUCUUCCCGCUCGUCGCCUUCCUAAUCGGCGGCAUCUCGUACAUCGUCUUCGACCCCGUCCGCGAGUUCAUGGUGGAGAGCAAGGUGCACAACACCUUUUCGCUCAACGAGUAUCGCCUCUACUCGUGGCUCAAGCGCAACACCGUCGGCCUCUUCAAGGACACCGACGGCAACGCCGAUGGCCGCGUAGACGACUGGUGGGAGCGCCGCCAGUCGGCGGAGACCAUCCAGGAGUGGAUCCGAGAGAAGCCUUCCACUUUCGUCACCAUCUCGGGCCCGCGCGGAUCGGGCAAGACGGGGCUCGUGAGCAAGGCCAUCACGCGCGACGUACAGCAUCUCGUCAUCGACUGCGACGCCAUCGCAAAGACCGCCAAGAACGACUCGCUGCUCAUCACCUCGCUCGCCAACGAGACCGGAUACUGGCCCGUGUUUAGCUGGCUCAGCAGCAUCAACAACAUCAUCGACCUCGCCGCCGUCGGCCUCAUCGGCUCCAAGGCCGGCUUCGCCACUCCCACCGAUGCCCAGCUCAAGCAGAUCCUCGGCGUCGUCACCAAUGCGCUCAACAGCAUGAACGAAAAGACGCAGAGACGCCUCGCCAAGGCAGAAAAGGCUCGCCUCGCUGCCGAGAAGAAGCUCAAACAGCCCGCACAGGCUGGGUCCACCGAUGGCAACGGGUCGCUCGAGGAAAAGGCCUCCGCGCUGGCACACGAUACGCUCGAGUCCAUCCAGCAAUUCGUGUCGCCGAGCGACGCCAAGGACGGAGGCAACGACGCCAAGAAAAAGUCGUUCGACUCGCCCGUCGUCGUCAUCAACCAGUUCCACCACAAGGGCAUCAAGCAGGCCGUCCUGCACCAGGUGCUCGCAGAAUGGGCCGCCGAGCUCGUCACCAACGGCAUCGCUCACGUCGUCUUUGUCUCGGACAAUCCGGUCGGCAUGGGCAAGGAGCUCGCCAAGGCGCUGCCCAAUGUGCCGUUCCAGGGCAUCGCACUCGCCGAUGCCGAGGAGGAAAAGGCACGCAGCUACGUGUACAACAAGCUCAAGGAGAUGGGUCGUCUUGCCGUCAUCAAUGCGGCGGCGGGCAAGGGUGCUGGAGGCGCUCCGCUGCGAGCCACGCCGUUCGGAUCGGCGGCCGCGCAGCCGGCGAUUGCGGAGGCCGGCGCGCCGCCCGAGUACGCGGCAGCGCUGGACGACGAGACGGCAAGCUGGGUGGACAAGUUGGGCGGGCGGCUGACGGAUCUGGAGACGCUGGUGCAGAAGGUGUCGCUGGGGCAGACGGUCGAGUCGGCCGUGCACGAUAUUAUCUCGCGCAGCGUGGUGGAGCUGCGCAAGAAUGCGUUUGGCGACGACGCGAGCGAGGCGUCGUCGCUGGCGUGGACGCGUACGCAGGCGUGGACGGUGGUGCAGAAGCUGGCGGCCAAGGGCGAGAUCGCCUACUACGGCCUGCUGCACAACGAGUUCAAGGGCAACGAGGCGGCGAUCAAGUCGCUCGAGCAGGCCGAGAUCAUCUCGGUGCGCCACCACGAUGGCCGGCCCUCGGCAAUUCGAGCUGGCCGUCCUGUGAUGCAGGAGGCCAUCAAGCGGCUGGUGGCCGAUCGGGUGUUCAACGACACCCAGACGCUGCUCGCGAACGCGGCAGCGAUCGAGUCGGCCGAAAAGAGCUUGCGCACCAUCGAGACCGAGAUCUCGGACAUCUCGCGCAUGAUCCAGGGCUCGCCGUUCAAGGUGGCUUCGGGCGCAGGCGCCACGGAUGGCGCCGUACUGCCGCCGCCUGGGGAUAAGAAGAAGGACGACGGAUGGUCGCUCAAGCUCAGCUGGUUCGGGGACGGCGAGGGCGCGCCGAGCAUUCGCACUAGCGAGGCGGCCAAGGCCAGGACGGAAUUCCUCAUGUCCAAGAUGGCCGAGCUCCAGACCAAAAUCUCCAAGCUCGAUGCGCAGAGCACCGCCAUCAAGGCGCGGCUUGCCGCGCACAUGGAUUAG